GAGCCACCGGCUGACUGCCAUCGUCAGUCUUGCCAAGAUAUCUCGGGAGUCAACAGUCAACGUGGUUUUACCAUUUUGGUAAUUGCGAGAACGGUGGUGAGGGACGCGAUAAGGAUUGGAGACGGAAAGAAAAAUAAUAUAAUUCGCGCGAGGAUCCUUCCUUAAGCAGCAACAGCAAGAUGUCCAAAGUAUCAUUUAUUCUAGUCUUAGCAACUUUGGUUAUCGGCAGUCUAGCAAUAGAUCUACCAAAGCCUGGUUACGCUAGGACAGUUUUGAAAGUAUCGAGAAGUCUUCCGGGUGAGACAGAGGAAUUAAAAAUUCGAACAAGCGAAGGUAAUUUGGCAACAUUGAUAGUAAAACGACGAGAAAAGUCAACGUCUUCGGUUGAUGAUGGCGAUGGAAUUGGAUCAACGAAUAUCGAUGCUACCAAAAAGCUUGAUAACGUUAGUAGAGAUGAUAUUUCGUUGUUGAUCGAUGGAAAAAACGAAUCUGAUAGUAAACAAUUAGAUCAGAAAAGGAAGGAAGAUGUGAGAAAAUUGGAAGAAGCACAGGUAGAAGAAAUUCGUGCGAAAUUUGUCAAACCCGAAGAAAUUGUGGAAGGGAUCACUGAGAAAUCAUACGAGUUGGAUAAAAUUGAAAGAAAAAGUACAACGAUUCGAUCAAUUGGCGAAAGGAAUAUUGAUUACGGUAAUUGGACACCGUUAGGUGAAGAUGGUAAAGCUUUGAAAUUCCGAGAAACCACCACCGAGGAAUACCACAGUUGGAAGCCUUUACCGGCUGCUGAUUCAAAGUUGCCUGUUGAACAAGGAAGAUCAAAUUUCGUUCGUUUCGGUGAUUCAACUUAUGCGAACAACGGAUUGAUCUUUAUAAGAAAUUUUCAAGAUCGGGCACAGAGAAAUCUUAAUUUUGACGAUGACAAAAGUAAUCAGGCCACACAAUAUUCUUAUCUACCUCAUCAACCACGUCAAUCAACCAGGACUAACAUAGGUGCCAAUUUGUCGAAAAACAGGGAUGCCAAAAACGUUCCACCCGAAGUGAUCAUCAGAUCGGAAAUCAAUGUUAAAUCUCAUCCGAAGAGAUCACCAAUGUCAUUGGACAGCGACGGUACUCCUAUAAUUCAUGGCAAACGUGUUCCCGAUGAACCCAUGGAUAAAAUUCAAACAUGGCGUAACGCCAGAAUCAUUAACAAUAAACUUAUAACAGAGAGUACGAGUUCUAAUCCCGCGGAAACUUCUUCUUCUUCUUCUUCUUCGAAUUACUAUUCUCAGGAUAAUGCGGCAGAAAGACAAAGAUUCGAAAGAUUCUUCAAGGAUAUCAAUCGCAGAUAUGGUAGAAAUUACGAGGACAAUGGUAGAAACGUAUUUUUCGAAUGGGAUCCAAAAAAUUAUAAGAACGAAGCUCUGAACGCAGAAGUUUACGAAACAAGAAACGACAACUAUCGUGCUAACGUACAAAAACGAAUGUUACAUCCCGAAAGUAUAGCCAAUUAUCCGAUAUCGCAACUUUACACACCGGAAAGUCAAAAGAUUUCGACAGUACCUGUGAAACCAGGAGUGAGAGCACCUGUUUUACAAUACGCUCAUCCCGAGUUGGGUGUUCAACCGGCUAAAAUUGUGAAGAACGAAAAAAGACGACCGGAAAAUCAUAUGGAUAAUUAUCAACACUCCAACGGACAAUAUCCAUUUAUGGAACAACGUCAAAAAAAGAAAUAUGUACUGAACGAUAAAAACAUAGUCGACACUUACACAACUAAAAAUUAUUACCCUAAUCAACAUUUCUAUGGAUUGAAAAGACCGAACGACGCACCGUUUUGGGUAAAGAUCUCUGAGAAUUUGAAGAAUCAAUUUUCAAAUGGCGUAGAAAAAGUCUCACAGUUUACCAAACCAGUGUUCGAUCCAUUGGUCGAGGCUACUCACAAAAUAUCACAAAAUUUAGGCUUGUCUAAAGGUAAAGAAGCGCAGGAUAAAAUUGGUACCGUAACUUCUGGCACGAGUAUUCUCAUACCUGCACUUGGUUUGGUUGCAUCGGGUGCUGCUCUUGGAAUUGGUGCUGUUGCCGUAGGAAGAUACCUUGACGUGGACGUUCUCAAAAGAUCCAACGAAGAUGCCACUGAUCUGGAACAUAAAAGAGCAUUGGAAAUGAAUCCCUCGUUCCUAGAAGUACUCGAGAAACAGGACAAAGAUAACAUCGAGUUCCAAUUGCCACGAGAAUCAAGGGACAGUGGCGUCUUUUUGAUACUGGAACGGGAAAAACAAAUUCCGGAGACUGUUGACAAAAUUCAACGUAACAGAAGGAGUCUUGAUUAUUUGGAUAUCUUUAACACCGAGACUGAUGUUAAGAGUCUUGAAAAGAGCAAAAAAUUACAAAGGAAAGGUGCAGAUUCGAUCACUGAAAUAGUUGAAAUAGAUCUUCCCAAAGGAAAGAAAGGUAACAUCGAUGUAACAGAGUUAUUAAUUCCCAAAGAAAAUAACGAGGAAAAUAAAGAAAAUAAAAAGGAUGGAACAAUUUUGGUGAUAGGAGAUGGCGGUUCGAUUUCGCAAGAAAUUAUGAAAAAAGAUUUGGGCACUGAUUUAUCCGCGAAAGAUUCAUUGACUAACGUUGCGAGGAUAAUCGAAGAUGCGAUUGAGAAAUCUAAAGAAGUAUCUACGAAUGAUAAACGGGAAAAUAGAAGAAGGAAAAGAAGUACGGAGAGUGAUCAGGAAUUAGACGAUAUCUUGCAGAAUUUAGAAAAUUCAGAAGUUGCUGAGAUCGCACACAUCGAUGGGGACUGGACCAAUACACCAUGUGCCAAGAGGAUAUUCUGUGAUACAAUGAUUCAAAAGGAUCCCGACGCUGCUAUCUUUAUGGAAAAGAAAAUGGCUAAACUAUUGGGUCUAAUUCAACCUGGUGCAGCUAUGCAAGUAUCCAGUCAUUUCGAAGAAGUAAUGGAUGCCAUCAGGAGGCACGAUUGUUCGAGUUUUCUUUGUCCACAAUCUAGACCCGGAAAUGUUUUCUUCUGAUCAUCAUUUUUCGUCGUUAUCAUCGUCAUCAUCGUUAAUGCAAACACGAAUAUAAUUAUCUUGUUAUAUUUUUUUUUUUUUUUUUUUUUUUUUAAUCACAUCGAAGAUGAUCUCGAAAGAUCUAAUUAUUGUACAUAAUUGCCAUCAUCGAGGCGAAAUUUUAUUUAAUGAAUAUAUUAUAUAUGCACGUUUAAUUAUAAUUUAAUUUUAAAAACUUUCAAGGCAAAGCAAAUAAUCAAUCUAAUAUCGUGAGUUCGACGAAAGAUCGAGUGGAUUAAUUUUAUUAAUCCGAAUGGCUGCUUUCUGCGAACGCACGAUUGCACGAACGCGAUCCCUUUUGAUCUCCUUGUUUGAUUUUAUUCGAGAUCAGAAGAGAUGGAUAGCGUUAAGAGUGUCUAAUUUAAAUCAUAACGUGUCCUGCAAAAAAAACUAUCGUUUGCUUUGCAUGUAAUUACGUUUACAUAUAAGUUACAUAUAUAAUAUCAUAUUUAUUCUAUACCGUGUAAUUUUUCUAAAUAACACGGCUCGUAUUAUAUGCAAACGCCAAUGAAUAAAUAAUA